UUGGACAGACUUUUUCCAAAUUUUAAAGUUUUGUUCUACUUCUUUUUUAUUAGGAAACUGUUCAAAUUGGGCUCUGUCCGAUCCUUCCCACUUGUCUACUUCCUACCUAUUCCUCCCCCUCCAGUCCGGGUACUGGGCCAGCCCAUCAGAUUGGCCCUCGGGUGACUCUUCCGACUGCGGGCACAGCAGUGCAUGACACUGCUCACUCGAUCACAGACCAAGGCCAUGGACCGGAAGGCGGGGGAAUCCCUCCUGAGCUAUGAGGAAUGCCUGGCGGCAUUCAUUCAAGAGGCCAACGAUAGGGCCGCCGCCGCGGCCAAGGACCGUCAGCAGCUUGAACAAGAGGAGGAGGCCAAGCGACAGAAGGAGGAACGGGACCGACUUCGUCAAGAAGAGGUAGACCUGCAGGCGGCAGCCGAACACCGGUCACGCCAGCGGGAACAACUGUUCACGCGGGAGACCGUGAUCGGCGAUGAGGCCGCACAUUGGGUGGAAGUGACAUCUGCAAACGGGGCCCCGGAGACUGAGAAAGGGUUGUCAGCCCUUGCGCAGGUCUCCCACGACCUCGUGGCCACCUGCGCUCUGCAGCAGGAGGAAAUCCUUCACCUGCAGCAGACAGUGGACCAGAUGCUUGCACGGCUGCAGGCGUUGGAGAAACAGCCAGCUGCUGUAGCAGCCGCAGGGCCUUCCACCCUUACCACCCGUGUGCAAGUUUUGGAGGAUGACUUGGAGACGCAGGUCCAGGCUGCUGCCACCGUGACGCCCGCCGCCGCAUCCUCCCGGCGCCCACCCAAGUUGGAUGACAUUCCCGUCAUCUGCGAUCAGUCCAAGACGGAACCGAUCCCGUGGUGGCGCCAGUUUACUCUCAGGCUCGACAUGCACCAUGUCCCGAACAACGAUCGACAUCGGUGCUUGUACCACCGAUCUGGUGGUGCGUGUCAAGCAUUGCUGGACAACAUCUUGACUAGCCACGGCGUAGCAGUGUCGGAACUGCACACCAAGCUCACUUGGCAGGAGUUGACUGACGCCUGGCACAAGCGAUUCCAAGUGGAGCCGCCCGACCUGCAAGCGAUGGACAAGCUCAACAAGCUCCAUCAGAACACAAUGCUCAGUCAGGACUGGAUUACCGAGUUCCAAAGACUCGCCUCCACACCUGACCUGCCGCUCGCAUUCCGCGCCAUCAAGCACUUGUUUAUCAUGCACUCGUGUCCAGAUCUGCAAAACGCGCUGACGCAGAUUGCAGAGACACUCGACACAUCUGACAAGCUUUUCAACACAACGUCACGGAUCAUUCUCACGAAUAUCGAAGCCCCCAACGCCGGCCGAUCUUCCGCGAUGACGAGCGGCACCCAGCCCAAGCCAAAGGUGGCUUGCAUUACUUCUACCGAGGCUGCAACACCAAACGAGGGUGAAGUGUUGGCAGCUGCCCGGGAUGGUGGCCGGSCGCGCAACAACCACGGCCGCGACAAGACGAAGACUCAGUCCACCUCUACACCGAGCACCGGAUCAGCCGCCAACGAACCUUGGGCACAAUACGGACUCUCGGCGAAUUCUUAUCGCACGAGACUCAAGUACCCCCGGUACAAAGCUAACCGCGACAAAUGCGAGUUUGUCCGGCAAGAGCUUGAAUACUUGGGUCAUUUUGUCUCUCCGGAACGCAUUCGUCCGUUGGCGGACAAGAUUCAAGCCAUCCAGGAGUGGCCCGAGCCGAAGAAUGUGACGGACGUCCGAUCCUUCCUCGGCUUGGCCGGUUAUUAUCAGCGCUUCAUCAAUGGUUACUCGAAGAUCGCGGUCAACCUAAGCAAGUUACAAAGCGAGGAGCGGCCUUUUGACUUCGACGACGACGCGCGCCAUUCUUUUGAGACACUCAAAGCGACAUUCUUGUCCGCCGAGGUGUUACAUAUUUACAACCCGCUUCUAGCUACGCGCGUCACUACCGAUGCGUCGGGCUAUGGCAUUGGGGCCGUCCUUGAGCAGCACGAUGGCACGGACUGGCACCCGGUCGAGUACUUUAGCAAGAAAGUACCUCCCGUGCAUUCGAUCGACGACGCACGGAAGAAGGAGCUUCUUGCCUUCGUCCAUGCCCUCAAGCGUUGGCGACAUUUCCUCCUUGGUCGGAAAGCAUUCCGAUGGGUAACGGAUAACAAUCCGUUGGUAUUUUACAAGUCGCAAGACACGAUUAACAGUACCAUUGCCCGUUGGAUGGCUUUCAUCGACCAGUUUGACUUUUUCCCCGAUCACAUUCCCUGGAAGUCAAAUCGUUUUGCGGAUGCCCUCUCAUGGCGACCGGAUCUUUGCACCGCAGUCUACUCUACCUUUGAGAUCGACGACGACUUGCGGGAGAGAUUCAUCCGCAGUUAUCAAGCCGACCCCCACUUUCGCGACAAGUACGCGAAUUGCUCCUCUCCGAAUCCAGUUGAUUGGGUUGAACGCUUGCCAGACGUUGAGUUGGCUUACAACUCAUCGAUCUUCCCGGCUAUCGGGAUGUCGCCGUUCGAGUUUGAGCAUGGUUCACCCAUCUCAUCACCGCUGGAUGCUACUUUGCCGCGCACAGCUGAGAGCGACGUCCAUCUUGCGUUCCUUCGUCGCAUGCAAGAGCUUCUUGUCAAGGCACGGGAUCAGAUGUCGAAGACGCAAAUACGGAUGAGCCGUCAAGCCAACCGCAAUCGCCUUCCUUGCCCGUUCCGCGCCGGCGAUCUGGUUUGGGUCUCCGCGGCGGAGUUCAGCCUUGAGCAAGACAUCUCUCGCAAGCUCCUUCCCAAGUGGAUGGGGCCUUGGCGCAUUCUCUCUGUAGCUGGUGAUGAUCCCGAGGGGCCCUCAUUCCGCAUCGCGAGCUCGGCCCGCGUCUUCGAGCCGCUUAGACCAACACGGAUGCUAGGGCAGGGACAUCUGGUCCAUCUUGACCUUGCGGUCAUGCCUGUAUCAACGGACGGAUAUAGGUAUAUUUUGGAUGCACGAGACAACUUGAGUGGGUUCGUAGAGGUGGUCGCCCUCAAGAAAAAAACGGGGAAAGGUGUAGCAAAUUGGAUAGAGGAUUUCUACCUGAGGCAUCCCUUCUUCAUGAGGUUUAUAGCAGACAAUGAAAAGGAAUUUGUAAACCAAGAAGUGUUGGGAAUGCUUAAAAGGCUCUGCGUACCUAUCAAGCUCAUCGAGCCAUACCACCCUGAGGCCAAUGCACCUGUGGAAAGGGGGCACCGGACCUUAAAGAACACAAUUGCGAAGCUCGCGGCGGAUGACCUGAGGAAUUGGCCUAGAUAUCUUAAGCAGGCUGUCUUUUCGGAGAACAUGACACCUAAGAGGACAACGGGGUGUAUCCCAGCGGAACUCUGGUACGGAAGAGAGAUCGAUUUCGCCGUGGAAGCCUUGAUACCUACAUGGAACAAGUUAGAUGACGAUCCGCACAUGACCACGGAAGAGCUAAUUGAGGCGCAAUGUCAACAGGUAAGGAAAACGAGGAGGCCAUGGAAGAUAUAGUCAAUCGGGUACUAGAUAGCAGGAUGAGGGAUAAAUCAAGAUGGGACCAGGUC